CUGGAGAGAUGGCUCUGAGGUUGAGAGCACUGACUGCUCUUCCAGAGAUCCUGAGUUAAAAUCCCAGCAACCUAGUGGCUCAUAACAAUCUGUAAUGGGAUCUGAUGUCUCCAGGGCUGGACGAUUAACUGCAGGAAGUAAACAAGCUGAACCAGUGCCAAACUUCCAGUACUAAAAAAAGAAACAACCGCUUCAUUCCACUGUCUCCCGCCUAGAUCCAUUUCAAAAAAACUACACAGCCAGUGAUUGGUUCUUGCAGGCAGUUGCGAUUUCUCUACAGUUUCUCUCAGGACAGGGAAGACUUACACAAUGUCCUGACACCAUGUCCUGACACCAUGUGGUCUCUGAUCUUCUGCUUCCUGAGCCACCCCCAAGACACUGGAGCCCGAUCACACUCUCUGCACUAUUCUUACUCAGCCGUGACGGAGCCGGGCCCAGGAGUUCCUGCAUUUUUUGCCAGUGGCUUUGUAGAUAACCAGCCCUUCAUCCACUAUGACAGUAGGAAGAUGGAGGCAGAACCUUGUGCUGACUGGCUGAGGGAAAAUCCAUAUUACUUAGCUGAUGAGACCCAGGUUUUCACCAAUUGGAUGAAGACUUUGCAGUUGAGCCUGAGAAACAUUCAGCAAUACUACAACAGCUCUGGUGACCGGAGUCAGAGAGCAGACGGCUUCCACCAGCAAGCAGGCCCUCACACCCUCCAGUUCACGUACGGCUGUGAGAUGCAGGACAACAGGACCACAGGGCACUGGCAUUAUGGCUACGAUGGCAGGGAUUACCUGACCUUGGACUUGGACUCUAUGCAAUAUACAGCAGCCACCUUCAUUGCUGGCUACACCAAGCACAAGUGGCAAAACAAUGAGUACUGGCUGGAGAGAGAGAAGACCUACUUGGAGAAGGAGUGUGUCCUGUGGCUAAAGAGAUACUUAACUAUGGGAGGAGAGAACUUUACCCGAACUGACCCUCCACGGACAACAGUGACACACCACCCCAGACCUGAAGGUGAUGUCACACUGAGGUGCUGGGCCCUGGGCUUCUACCCUGCUGACAUCACCCUGACCUGGCAGUUGAAUGGGGAGGACCUGACCCAGGAAAUGGAGCUUGUGGAGACCAGGCCUGCAGGGGAUGGAACCUUCCAGAAGUGGGCAUCUGUGGUGGUGCCUUCUGGAGAGGAGCAGAAAUACACAUGCCGUGUAGAGCAUGAGGGGCUGCCUGAGCCGCUUACCCUGAGAUGGGAUUCUUCUCUAUUAACUGUUGUUCUUGGAGCUGUGGCCAUCACUGGAGCUGUGGCCAUCAUUGCAGCUGUGAUCAUUCCAGCUGUGGUGACUGUUGUGAGGAGGAGGAGGAGAAACACAGGUGGAAUAGGAGGAGUCUACACCCCUGCUCGAGGCAGGGACAGCUCCCAGAGCUCCGUUGUGUCUCUCCCAGAUUGUGAAGCAUGAAGACAGCUGCCUGGAGUGGACUGAGUGACAGACGAUGUGUUCAGUUCUCUCCUGUGACAUCCAGAGCCCUCAGUUCUCUUUAGACACCAGUGUCUGAUGUUCCCUGUGAUUCUAUGGCUUCAGUGUGAAGAACUGUGGAGCCCAGCCCGCCAUGCACACCUGGACCCUGUCCCUGCACUGCCUGUGUUCCCUUCCACAUUCCGCCUUGCUGGUCCAGCCUGGGGGGGGGGGGGUCGGUGGUGGAGACAUCUGCAUCCUGAACUUUCAUGCCACCCUGAGCUUCAGCCCCUCACUUCACACUGAGAAUAAGAAUAUGAGUGUGAGAGGUUGGGGAUUUAGCUCAGUGGUAGUGAAAGAUCCCACGCAGAGAGACCCUUACUCAAGUCUUGGGAAAUCGCAGACCCCAGACACAGAGAGACCAUUUUGGAUGUAAUAAGCAAAGGCGAGGUUUAUUAUGGAGACCUAUUACAGAGAUCUCCGGGCCGACACGUAUCCUACGCAGGAGACAGAGGUGUCGACCACGAGAGGCUGGGAGAAAGAGCAUUUAAAGGCAGAGGCUGUGAGCACCAGGGGAUGGGGGGUGUCAAAGGGGAAGGCACCACAAGUUACAGGAUUGUUUUAUGGCUCCAGGAGAUAAGGGGAUGCCAGAAGGUUUUAUGGCCCCCUGGUUCCUGGAACAGAGCUACUAAAUCAGGAGAACGGUUGGGUCUUCAGGUCUUCAUUAUUUUUAAAAGUUUGACAAAAUUGAUGAAGCAUCUGUAUUUGAAACACCUCUGGUUAGGCUUGGGCUGCCCGGUUUCCUGGAGUGCUCUCUGCAGGACACAAUGGCUGAAAAGCACAAGUAGGGGCUUAUAGGGUCUGGAGGACAUCUGGUUAAAGUAUGACUCUGAGUAAGCUGGGGGGAUGUCUUUGGAUGGUUUAUGGGUCAGUCCUCGAUAGCCUGAGCUGGUUUUUGCAUUCCUUUUCUUUAUCUUUAUGGCCUGCUAUUCCUGGCGGCAGGGCUUAGCCCUGAAUUUGUGGCUUUUGGGGCUAACUUUUUUAAUUUUAUAUUUCUAAACCUAGAAUUCGUAUAAUUCUCUUUUCAGUAGAGUGCUUGCCUAGAAAGCGCAAGGCCCUGGGUUGGAUCCUCAGCUCGGGUGGGGGGGGGGGGAAUCUGAGUGUGAACUUGAUUGUUCACAUCCUUGACGCAAGUGUGGAUGGCUUUUUAAAUUACUGGAUUCAGAAUACUUAAAGGUUCUUUUGAGUUUGUUUUCUGAAAAGUAAAUGGCAGGUGGAGAAGCCUCCAGAAUCUGUGUCACUAAGCUGUGUGUGUCUGGUGGGACAGGGUGGGGCUGUGGGAGCUGAGUGUGGACAGGGCUGUGCCCAGUUGGAACUCAGUGUGUUGUCAUCUUUGGGGGUCACUUCUUGGCUGUGUCAUCUCUGUGCUCUAUUCUUUUCAUCAUUAUGAAGCACACGUCUGUGAUCACAGGGUCACAGGACGGCCAGAUCCUUGUCCUGUCCCCAGGAUGAUGAGCAGCCCAGGCUGCUGUCCUGACUGUGUCUUUGUCUUCUGUGUUUAUUUCCUGUGUUUUUGUGUGGAGGACUGGGCCUGUUCUUUUCCUGUGGGUGCUUCCUGUCUUGCUCUCCCUGUGGAUGCCCAAGUGUGACAGGAGUAGGAGGUGUUUUUCCAAUCUUGUCCCACCAGACACCACAAGGGCCCUGCUCUCGGGAUACUAUGGGCUACAAAGAUGAACUAAACUCUCCUGAGCUCCUGCCUCCUUCCAGGGCCCUCAGAGGAGGUUCUCCCCUAGUUGUGGUUUGCCCUGAAGUUAUCUGUAUUUUGAUGCUAAUUCCACUGCCCCAAGGACAGCUGCCUAGUCAAGGACUCAGAACUCAGGUGGCUUCACCAGAACCACCUCCCCAUUGAAUUUGUAAAGUACAGGUGAGGGGCAGGUACAGGAUAGAAGGAGGCCUGUCGUUGGAGGAGAAGGAAGGAUGGGUGGGAGAGAAGUUUGAAGGAAGAGGAGGAGACAGGAGAGAAAGGAAGAGAGAAAGGAAGAGACAGGAGGGAGAGAGGGGAGAAAAACCAUGGCAGGACAAGAUGGCAGGUGAUUAAGAUUCUGCUCUGUGUAUUUACAGGUUGUUAUUAAUGUUCUCAAGGGAUGGAUGGUACCAGGCUUUGUAUGUUUAAGUGGGCAAUUAUAUCUUAUCAUUGGGGUCAAAGACUAUUGUAUUAUGUGUUUUUUUUUUUUUUUUCCAGAGCUGGGGACCGAACCCAGGGCCUUGCGCUUCCUAGGCAAGCGCUCUACCACUGAGUUAAAUCCCCAACCCUAUGUGUUCUUUUAUAUGAGGGUUUGAGUGUAGGAAAGUGUGCAGCUGGAAUGUGUUUCCACCAAGAUAUCUAGCAGAUAUCUUGGGGCACCUCGGUGUGGACCUGGCGGGUAAUAGACAACAAUACCUAUUUUAUUUUUAUAUUAUUACAACAACAUUCCCACCUUUCCCAUCUUUUCCCGGCUAACCCCGGAUUGCAGGAUCCACACAGAGGAGGGAGCCACAGGCUCUCAUCUCAGAUCUGGCUCUGUUGGAUCUGUGCUGUGCCCAUGCCCCUGUCCUUCCCUGGCUCUGGGGAUCCCAGUGUGGCCUCCAGAGAAGAUUCAGGGUUGAUGGGAUGAGUCUACUUUAGAUUUAUGCUUAUUUUAGAAGCUGGUCCAGGGUCUGGAGAUAGCCCAGGGGUUGAGAGCACUUGGUGCUAAUGCAGAUGAUGUCUCGAUCCCAGCAGGCAGAUGGUUGAUCACAGCCAUCCAUAACUCCUGCGCAAGGGCAUCCAAUGCCCUGUGGAGAUCAGGCUCACGCAUGGUACAAAUAAAUACAGAAAAACAAAGUUCAUAGACAAAAUUAAUAAAUCUUUUCAAAACUACAUUAUGGGAAUUUGUGAGAUGGAAAUUGCUUUGUUCUGGGUUCUGACCCUUGAAGGAUUCUCUUCUAACUUUGUGAUUUCCAGUGAACAGAUCCAGGAGCCUUAGCUGAGAUGUGUGAAUACCAACUUGGUGAUAAUCUCUGUCAUGAUGCAGCCAUCUUCAUCUUGUGAAGGAUGACGACUUCCCCACACCCAGCA